GCACCCUUAGCCUGUUCUUGGGUAAACGAUGGAUAAACACUAUUUUGAGAGUGCCUUCCUAAAGUUAUGUAUUAAAAUUAUUGUUUUGAGAGAGACUAAGCAGCAAUUGAUGCUGCUGGUAGAAAGACUUGUCCCUCUGUAAAAAUUGAGCUUCCUAACACUUGCUACCAUGUUUGUUCCAGUAGAAAUAGAAGCAGAUAAAAAAAUCCAGACAUACCAAGAUGUGUAUGACAGCUCAAUUCCUGAUGCCAUUUCAAUUUCAGAGUUCAUUUUACAAAGAAUUGUGUCUAAUGAGAGGGUGGCUUGUGUGAAUGCUGAAACAAAAAAAAUUUUCACGUAUAUCCAAAUAAAAGAAAAAUCCUAUGAGUUGGCAACAGGAUUGCAAUCAAAGUUCAAUAUCAAACGAGGAGACAAUGUGGCUGUAAUUCUUCCAAACUGCUUGGAAUACCCUGUUAUUAUUUUUGCUGUCAUGUUAACAGGAGGGUGUGCAACACUGAUAAAUCCUGCACAGACAAUCAGUGAAUUGGAACAUUCCGUUAGGUUAUCCAAACCUAAAGUAUGGAUCGGGACGGAAGACUGUAUAGCCAAAUUUGAAGGAAUUUAUAAAGGCCUUUCCAAGCGACCGCCGUUCGUAUUACUCAAUGCUUCAACUACUUCUCACAACAUAACUAUUGAAAACCUCAUAGCCCUUGGUAAAAAACAAACCUUCCAACAGCCAACUAUCGAUACCCGUGAAGAUGCCGCGCUUAUUCUCUUUUCCAGCGGGACUACAGGCCUCCCCAAAGGCGUCGUCUUGACGCAUUUUAAUUUGAUUGCAGCCCGACGUCAAACCCAGGAACUUGCAAAAGAUGUCCGACGCAGAGAUCCACAACCCAGUGGAGCAAUACCUGUUACUGAAUGUUUGGCAGCUGUUCUUCCCUUUUACCAUACGUACGGUAUCAGCGGUGUCUUUGAUAACCUAAUGGGAGGUUUACGGUUCGUUAUCAUACCCAAUUUUUCGCUGCAGCGUUUUCUUCAAGCAGUUCAAGAUUACAAAAUUACUGUAGUCUCGCUGGUGCCUGCAAUUGCCGUUCAGCUCGCCAAGCAGCCUGUUGAGCAUCUGUACGACCUAAGUUCGCUCCGAGUGAUUAGGUCUGGAGCAUCCGCCUUGAGCGCAGACAUCAUAAACGAUUUGAAACGAAAACUAAAUUGCACAGUCUAUCAAGGUUACGGAAUGACAGAAGCCACUGUGCGUUCUCAUGCCAACUACAAAGGAGUCAAUCGUGAAGGCAGUAUUGGGGUGGUCAUGCCUUUCUGCGAGUGCAAAUUAAGUUCUGUGAUGGAUCGUGAUACGCACGAGACUCUAGGACCAAAUCAAGAAGGUGAGAUUUGCGUAAGAGGUCCAAUCGUUAUGAAGGGAUACGUUGGAGACGCAGAAGCCACUAGAGCCACAAUAGACUCCCAAGGUUGGCUUCAUACGGGCGAUGUCGGCUAUUACGAUGAAGAAGGCUACUUUUUCAUAACCGAUCGCAUGAAAGAGCUCAUCAAGUACAAGGGAUUGCAGGUGUCUCCAACUGAGCUUGAAAGAAUACUUUUAACUCACCCGGAUGUCGUAGACGCUGCUGUGGCUCCUAUAGCAGAUCCAUCUGCUGGCGAAAUACCUCGUGCUUACAUUGUCAAAAGACAAGGCAGUGUUGUGACGAGCGAUGAAUUGGCAAGCUUCCUUUCAGAUAAAGUAAGCGCAUAUAAAAGACUGCGCGGCGGUGUAGUAUUCAUCGAUGCCAUACCCAAGACUAGUACCGGAAAAAUUGUGCGACGUCGUUUAACAGCUAAAACGAUUAGCAAGCUAUAAGUGAUAUUUGGAAUCAAAAGAAAUGUUCCAAUUCGGAAAAUUGUA